ACUGCUGCAUGAUGGGAGAAGCCUCUAUCUGGAAAGAGCCAACCUGGGCUUGGCCUUGUCCGCAAAUAUUUUUCACACAGUGUUGAUCACAGCAUGCUUCCUCUUUCAAACUGCAACUGGAGUCUUGAUUCAGUUAAAACACAGAGGAACUGAUGCAGGGAGAGAGACGCUGAGGCAUGGGAUGACAUGGAGACAGAACCAUUUUGGACCUGAAGAUCUGAUAGUGCUUGUGGUGUCCCUCUGUGCUGCUCCCAGUCUUUGGAUAAAAGGAAACUCGUGCCUGUGAAAUAAGUCGGACACAUUUCCUGAACUGUUACUAGCGUGUGCCUUUUGGAAGGAAUUUGUAUGCCUCAUUCUAUCGAAGGAUCCAAAUCCUGAGGUGAAAUGAGUACAGACUUCCACAAACUCCUUUUUGACAUUUCUGAGGCUUUGGUCACAGAUGAACUGGCAGCUCUGAAGUUCCUCAGCCUGGAGCACGUCCCCAUGAGGAAGCUGGAAGCCAUCCAGGAACCCAAGGCCUUCUUUGAAGCGCUGCAGGAGAAAGACAUGAUCAAAGUGGGGAGCCUGUCCUUCCUGAAGGAGCUGCUCUACCGGAUCAAUCGGAUGGACCUCCUGGCUGCCCAGCUGGGCUCCAGCCGAGAGGAGAUGGAGAGAGAGCUUCAGAUCCCAGGCAGGGCAAAGGUGUCAGCCUACAGGCAACUGCUGUAUGGAAUUGCAGAGGACUUGACUCCAGAAGAUGUCAAGAAUGUGAAGUUCCUGCUCCAAAAAAAAUUACCAAAGAACAAGCUCCAGGAUAAUGCUUCGAUGUUGAAGGUUUUACUGGAAAUGGAAAGAAAUGGGAUAAUUAAAGAAGAUGACCUGGCAAUGCUGAAAGAUAUAUUAAAGGGAUUUAGAGCUGACGUAAAGAAAAAAAUUGAUGCCUAUGAAGAAAAAAAAAAAGAAAAUGAUGCUAAGGAAAAACUCCACUAUCCAGUAUCUGUGUCUGUGCAUCCAGCAGGACAAGGAGCAGAGGGAGAGACACCACCCCUGCUUGUGAAAUCAUAUAAGAUGAAAAAUAACCCCCAUGGUUACUGUGUGAUUCUUAAUAACUACAUUUUUAAAAAUCCCUAUGAAGCCAGAGAAGGAACAGUGAAAGAUGGAGAGGCUGUGAAGAGGGUCUUUAAGUGGCUUCAGUUUGAGACAGUUGAGUACAUGGAUCUAGAAGCAAACCAAAUGUAUGCGAAAGUUAAAGAAUACAGCAAAAAAGAUCAUAGUAACAUGGACUGUUUCGUUUGCUUCAUUUUUUCUCAUGGUGAAAAAGACAAAAUAAAAGGUGUUGAUCAUGAGUUUGUAUAUAUUAAAGAUUUACUCUCCUGCUUCAGUGGGUCUAAUUGUCCUUCUCUUGCUGGCAAGCCCAAGCUGUUUUUCAUCCAGGCUUGCCAAGGCUCUGUAGGUCAUCCAGCUGUCACAGUAAAAGAAGACUUUUCUGGCCAUCUUGAGACAGAUGCUACCCCUCUGACUUCCAUUCCUGAUCAGGCUGAUAUUCUGGUUGGCAUGGCUACAGUGGAAGACUAUCAGUGCUACCGCUGUACAAAGAUUGGCAGUGUUUAUGUUCAAUGCCUCUGUGACAAGAUGGAGUUGCUUUGCCCACUCCACAAGGAUCUCAUAACCAUCCUGACAGAAGUGAACAAGGAAGUGGGAGGAAGAGUAUUAAAUGGAUGGAAGCAGAUGCCAAAGAUAACAUCAACCCUACGGAAGCAAUUGAUCUUCCAAAUUCCACAAUGUUCAUCAACUGAAAAGUAGAAAAAUAAGACUACACUCAGUUAGGAAUCACAUCUGGAAUGGGCUUCCACAGGGAAGAGAAUUUGCAAGAGAAGUUAUCUGGAUCUGUGUAGUUAGCCCCAGUCCUUCAAGGGGCUGUGGGACCUAAAUUUUCCAAUUCCCAUGUUUAAUCAGUCUCCUGGCACCUGGAUCUGUAGCAGCCUGGUAAGGCCGUGGAGGAGUACAGACUUGGCUUUCUGUCCUGCAGGAGCAGUGGAGUCUGUUCAGUCUGGGUUUCAAGUGAGGAAGCACUUCCAAGUAGUAUGAUUUUUAAGAGUUAUUGGAAAUGCCAAUGGAAGUCCCAUUUCUGUCCCAAGUUGUUGUUAAGUCCCUGAAAUCUGAAGAAAAGAACAGAUAGAUUCAGCAUGCUAGAUCCCUUCCCAGGGAGCAUGUGUAAGAUUGUAACUGAUUUACCCAGAGGUGACUCAUUGGCUGUCUCUGGAAGCUGUAUAAUUUUUCAUGGAAAAUAACAUCCCUGUCCAGAUGGACCAAAAAAAGAUGGUUAUGAUAAUACAAGUUUGGUGCUUUUCCUCCAAAUAUUUGGUUAGCUUUAUGUUAUUAAUUUACUUGGCUAAACAGCACUGCUGUUUAGGUUUUUUAAUAGUAAGGGUUCUAAUUGUGUUUUUUCUCAGAGCUCUUUGGGGACAGUCUGUUUUGAAUGGCUGUCGACUGCUGGAAGGAAGGUCCCACUCCGUUAGAUCCACUACUCUGAGUUGCC